UGAGGAUGUGCGUGCUCGGGGCUUCACCGUGGUGGUGGACAUGCGCGGCAGUAAGUGGGACAGUGUGAAGCCGGUGCUGAGGACGCUGCAGGAGUCGUUUUCCUCCAACAUCCACUCGGCUCUGCUCAUCAAACCAGACACUUUCUGGCAGAAACACAAAACCAACCUGGGCAGCGCCAAGCUCAGCUUCGAGACCUCCCUGGUGUCGGUGGAGGGUCUGUCCCGGCUCGUCGACCCCUCCCAGUUGACCUCUGACCUCGGCGGCUCGCUGGAGUACGACCAUGUGGAGUGGACCGAGCUGCGUCUGGGUCUGGAGGAGUUCUCCGGAGCCGCCACGCAGCUGUUGGACCAGCUCGAGCAGCUGGAGUCCGGACUGAGCCGUAUACCAGAGCCCCAGGACGUGGACGAGGCCCGGAAACUCCUGGAGGAACACAACCGUCUGAGAAACACCAUCGCCACGGCGCCAAUUGACGCUCUAGAACGAGAAGGGCGGAGUUUGCUCCAGCGCAUGCGCCUGGGCCCCUCACAUGGCGAAGCCUCCAAUGAAGUUGGCGGCGGCAGUGGUAGCCACGGCAGCUGGCUGUCUGGUGGGGCGGACUUCCAGAGCGUGGCGCCCAAGGUGUCGUCCCUGCUGGACCGACUACAGGCGGCUCGUAGCCACCUGCUGCAGAGCUGGAGCGACAGGAAGCUGCACCUGGACCAGGCGCUGCAGCUGCACCUGUUUGAACAGGACGCCACCAAGAUGUCGGAGUGGAUCGCCCACAGUAAAGAGCUGUUCAUGCAGAGUCUGGCGGAGGUUGGCCAGAACCACCAGCACGCCCUCGACCUCCAGACACAACACCAGCACUUCACCGCCAACUGCAUGAACGGCAGCGUGAACGUGGACAGUGUGGUCACUGUGGCGGCGAGGCUCGCAGAGGCCGGUCACUACGGCGCUGAGCGGAUCUCCUCGGUGUCGUCACGGUUACAGGAAGACUGGAAGUCCCUGACAACGGCGCUGGAAGAGCGUAGCAACACGCUUGCUAUGGCAACUGGCUUCCACCAGGGGGCAGAACAGUUCCUGCUCAAGGUCGAGGGUUGGGUUCAGGCGUGCUCUGAAGGGCCGUUGCCAUCGGCGACAGCAGAGCUGGAGGCUGCGACGAAAAAACACCAGGAGCUGAACGAAGAAAUCUCUGCUAACUACACA